AUGAGAGCUUCUAACAUAGCGCUUUCAGGAGCAAUAUUACGGGAUAAAGCUAAGAAAAUUGCCGCGAUAUAUGGAAUUGAAAAUUUUGAAGGUUCUUCAGGAUGGCUAUGGCGUUUCCAACAACGUCACAACAUGGUUGGUUUACAAAUGUGCGGUGAGUCAGCAAAAGUAGACGAAAACUCCGUAAAUUUGAGGUUAUCAAAUUUUAUAACCGUUAAAAAUUCAUACGCCCCACGAGAUGUGUUUAAUAUGGAUGAAAGCGGAAUUUUUUACAACUUAAUGACCAACCGUACCUUACAUAUUAAAGGAGAACGUUGUCACGGAGGUGCAAAAAGUAAACAACGGGUGACUGUGGUUUUAUGCUGUAAUUCGGACGGAUCUGAAAAGUACAAGGCGUGGGUAAUAGGAAAAUCGCGUAACCCACGAUGCUUUAAAAACGUUGAUAAAUCACAUUUACCGUGUAAUUAUACUCAUCAUGUGUCAUCGUGGAUAGAUGCUCAAGCGUUUCGAGAAUGGCUACUCAAACUAGAUCAGAAGUUGAUUGCCCAACAUCGUCAUAUUCUUUUAACUUUAGACAACUGUGCUGCACAUGAUGCGCGUCAUACACAGUAUUAA